GCAACCCUUAAUAUAAAUACCAAGAAUAAAUCAAUAAUAAUACAUCAAACGGGUUAUGUUAUCCUCAAAUUACACACGAAAAAGAAAGAAAAAAGAAAAAAGAAAAAAAAAAUCUCAUCCGGGAACAGGUGUCGCAGAUCUUCCGAGAAUCUGCCAUGUUUGCGUCUACCUCCUCCUCCUCCUCCCUGCAGGAUUCCAAAUGCUGGCGGUUGGUUUCUUAGGUGGCUGCGGUUGGCCGGGCUGGGCCAGCAGCUGAAUCAAUGCGGUAAAUAAAUCAACCAGGAUGACGAGUCGCACGGGAGAAAUAAAAAAAAAACUAUAAGAUUUGUGGUGAUAUCCUGGAUAUCCUGUCCUGGAUAUAUAUAUAUAUAUGUGACUGUUUGUUUGGGUGUUCAAUAUCCUGUUUGUGUUGUCGUGACGUUAACUCACCUCCUCCUAUUGUCUAUAAUUUGUACGGUGCGUAGUUAUCAUAUAUUAUUGCUUGCCCUAACGACGUAUGUAACUACAUGUUACAUGUACAUGUAUUGGAAUCCUUCCUCCGCAACACUUCUAUUCACUGCAAUCCAUUCACCCGUUCACCUUCUCAACCUGGCCCAUAAAACCAUCCUUCAUAUCAUUCCCAGAUGUCAAUCAAUGCCUUGAAUCUGUCCAUUUAAGCCUGUCCAUAAUCAACAAUCAGCUUCCCGUGAACAGGGUAUAUAUUUCUCUGCCAAAUAUCUCCGAAACACUCUCGUCAUGAGACUGUCCUUUACAGCUGUCGCAGCAGCGACGCUGGCCACUGUGCCAAUGGCUUACAGCCAAACAACUAAAUUUAGCCCCAGUGAUGCAAAAGGCAUCUUCUACAGCGUCAACAUUCCCCCUUCCACGGCUUCCAAUGGCCAUGGCCCCAUAUACUUCCAAAUGGAAGCCCCCAGCGAUAGCACUGAAUGGUUCGCCCUGGGGCAGGGAACGGGAAUGGCAGGCGCCAAUAUCUUCGUUGCCUACGCCUCGUCUGACGGGAGGAACGUCACCAUCUCGCCACGCCGAGGAAUCGGCCACAUGCUUCCUGAUCACAACCCAGCCGUGCGCCUCCGCCUGCUGGACGGCUCGGGAAUCUCCAACGGCAAAAUGACGGCAAACGUACUCUGCGAAAACUGCCUGAGUUGGGACGGCGGCUCCAUGGAUCCCAAUGAUCCGCAAAGCCCCUGGAUCUGGGCGAUGAAGAGCGGCAGCCCCCUCAACUCUGCUGAUGUCACGGAGUCAAUCAUCUUCCAUGACAACCAGGGCACGUUUACGCUGGACCUGAGUGCUACAGGAGGAGGCCGCGGCAGCGGCGGCGGGUCCGCGACCGGCGUCUCGCAACGGACCAUAAAAGUCAAGCGCGUCACACACGGCAUCAUCAUGUCCGUCAUCUUCGUGGUUCUCUUCCCAACCUUCGCGCUGGGCCUCUUUUUGAUCCCCUACUCAAAGACCGCAACGCGCAUUCACGCACCCUUGCAGAUCCUGACCCUCUGCGCCGCCGUCGCUGGGUUCGGCGUCGGCGUCUCCCUGGCCCGCGACCUGGGGAAAGCAGCCAUGUACCACCCCAUCAUCGGCUACGUGGUCAUCGGCUGGCUAGUACUCUGCCAACCACUGCUCGGCUACCUGCAUCAUCUCAACUACGUAAAGACCCACGGGCCCAGCGCGGUGGGACGGGUACAUCGCUGGGUAGGGCGGUGCAUGCUCGCGCUCGGCAUCAUCAAUGGCGGCCUGGGCUUUAAGUUUAGCGGUAUCGGGAAGGAAACGGUGCCCGUGGCGGGCGUUAUUGUCUAUGCAAUCAUUGCAGGAAUCAUUGGUGUGGCGUAUGCGGGUAUUUCGACGUGGGGUACGUUGGAGAAGAAGAAGAAACAGCGGUUACGAUCUGAUGAGUCGUUCUUUGAUGGGAACGAUGAUGCGAAGGCGAUGGAUGAAAGGAGGAGGGAAUGAAUGAGAUAAUGGAUAUGGGAUGCCAAGGGCGGAAAAGCCCUAUUUAUUUUAUUUAAUUCCAUAGUUCUGUCUUGCUCAAUGGCGUCCAUCUGCUUAUCUUUUUCGUCGUUUUUUUCUUCCUUUUCUCAUUUUAAUCUUCCCCCGUGGCAACCCUUGGUUUACUUCCACCCUACCUCCCCUUCACCUACGAUACAUGCGGGCGCCUUCUGUUUUUUAAUACAUUAUCGCUGGUUUUAUCUUUGACUGGAAUGUUGUUUUCUCUCCUCGCCUUGCCGGCUCAAUUUCUGCAUCCAAGACUUCUACGGAUGGGAUGGGACCGGAUAGAUGGAAGCAGUGCGUUUUAGGUCUGGGAUAAUUCGUACGGAAGCCAGCUAAAUAAAACCUUGAGUUACGUAUUUCAUGAAAAACUAUUUCUUUUGAGCUGAAGCUGUACGACAGAUCCAUUUUGGAUUUCUACUAGUUUCCCCACCCCUUUCCUUUCCUUUUUUUUUUUUUUUUUUUCCCUUUUUUUUUGGUGGGGGGGGGGGAAACUUCUUAAGCGCCUCUCUUUUAGUGGUCGUCCAGCAUCAUCAUGCGACCAGCGUGAAGAGUUGGAUGUGGCCAGUGAGCAAGAUGUUUUCCAGAGUGUCCUUGAGAUUGGGGGGUGAGGUUGUGUAGAGGCGCCGGCGCUAAACUUUUAGCCCCGCCACCAGCAGUUCGCAGGGACUCACCGACCCUAGCGUCGCUAAAACACCGCUGAAGAAUGGCGGCACGUUCACAUUGAACACAACUGCUGUGAGGCCACAACGGUGUGCAGAUCGAAGUUAGGAAUUAGGCGAGUGUGCGUGUCGUCGCGCACCCUGCCCUCUUAUGAACCUUGAUGAAAAGACAGCAACUACUCCGCACGCGCAAUGCGGCUGGAUUGUCUGGGAUAGUUACCCAAUGAUAUGAGAGUAGAGAAUCACAGCACAGGGACUUCCGCGCAGCAAUUGCUGUCCUCUCAGAGAGAAUGGGCGGCUCGAUGCCGAUUUCUUUUAACCGGGCCAUCAAACAGACUCGUUAGAAGUACCGGGCGACGGUCAAUCAUGCGUCUGAGUAGGGAAAUGGGUGAUUGAUGGAGGCGAUUGAUGGUGGUAUCUGGGUCGUUGAUGAUGGGUGAACGCACAGGGUUAAACGUAGCGCUGCUAGCUAGCGGGCGGCUCCAUCCUACCUUGAGAUGGUCGAGUUAAAUAACUAGCGGCCAAGAGUCGAUUUGCUCGAUUGCUAUUGAGAUGAGGAAUUGGCUGAAUGACGGGGGGAUGAAAGGGGAUAUCGAGUUCCCGUGUAGAAAUAUUAGACCUGAACAUAGUUGAUGAGCAUAUUCAUUUGCGGAGCGAAGCGAAGCAAAUAUAUGAUGAAAACCCUGGUUAAGUUGAGUUUUAAGCGGAGUUAGGAUGUAUUUACUCAUCUACUCACUGCUAACUACCGUUUAU